UACCUCUGAUAAGCCCCACUUACCAUUGUUCUCCUGACCUCUGUAGAAAGAUCCGAUUUGUAUAUUCUCGGGUCUACCCAAAGACCCGAACUUUGACCCGGUUUGAUGGACUGGAUUCCGUGUCCGUGUUGGGGAACCAACGACGAUGAAAACGCCGGUGACGUAGCGGAUCGUGAUCCCGUGCUUCUAGUUUCUGGUAUCGGAGGCUCGAUUCUGCAUUCUAAGAAGAAGGAUUCAAAGUCUGCAAUCCGGGUUUGGGUUCGGAUAUUUUUGGCCAACCUUGCCUUUAAGCAGAGCCUCUGGUCUCUCUAUAAUCCCAAAACUGGUUAUACAGAGCCGUUGGAUGACAAUAUUGAAAUCGUGGUUCCUGAUGAUGACCAUGGACUCUAUGCAAUUGAUAUUCUAGAUCCCUCCUGGUUUGUAAAGCUUUUUCACUUGACGGAGGUUUAUCACUUUCACGAUAUGAUAGAAAUGCUGGUUGGUUGCGGUUAUAAGAAGGGGACUACAUUAUUCGGAUAUGGUUACGAUUUCCGGCAAAGCAAUAGGAUCGAUCUACUUAUACGAGGUCUGAAGAAGAAACUGGAAACUGCAUAUAAAUGUUCAGGGGGCCGAAAAGUCACUAUCAUAUCCCAUUCAAUGGGAGGACUUAUGGUUUCAUGUUUCAUGUAUCUUCAUCCAGAGGCCUUUUCUAAGUAUGUAAAUAAAUGGAUCACAAUUGCAACACCUUUCCAAGGAGCACCAGGGUGCAUCAAUGAUUCACUUUUGACUGGAGUACAAUUUGUGGAAGGGUUAGAAAGUUUCUUUUUUGUGUCACGGUGGACGAUGCACCAACUGUUGGUUGAAUGCCCAUCGAUAUAUGAGAUGAUGGGAAAUCCAGAUUUUAAGUGGAAAAAGCAGCCAGAGAUUCGAGUUUGGCGUAAGAAAUCUGAAAACGACGAUGAUACUUCUGUAGAACUGGAAUCUUUUGGCCUAAUCGAGAGUAUUGAUCUAUUCGACGAUGCACUGAAAAAUAACGAGCUAAGCUACGGUGGGAAUAACAUAGCUUUGCCCUUUAACUUUGCUAUCCUCGACUGGGCUGCUAGUACAAGAGAAAUUCUAAACAAAACGCAACUUCCUGAUGGAGUUUCCUUCUAUAACAUAUAUGGAGUGUCACUUGAUACACCCUUCGAUGUUUGUUAUGGCACAGAGACUUCUCCGAUUGAAGAUUUGUCUGAAAUAUGUCAAACUAUGCCAGAGUAUACAUAUGUAGAUGGAGAUGGAACUGUACCUGCUGAAUCAGCUGCAGCUGCUCAGUUUGAAGCAGUUGCGAGCGUAGGAAUCUCCGGUAGCCAUCGUGGGCUUCUCCGUGAUAAAAGAGUAUUUGAGCUGAUCCAACGAUGGUUAGGAGUAGAGCCUAAGAAGGCUAGAAGGAAACAUUUAAGGAUUCGCAAAGUUGUUGAUUCCAAAGCCUAGUUACAAUUAUUAAAAGAUCUUGUUUGAAUAAUUUAAUAAUAAACCGAACUUCUUAAUUAUUAUCAAAGUGUGAUGAUUGUAAAAUAUUAUGCUAUUGUAAGUUAUGACAUGUUUGUGCAUGGAAUCGUAAACAGAAAGCAUAUGGAAUUCAUAUUACAUUA